UCAUAGUCGAAGAUUCAUGAGUGAUGUGGAAUGUAAUUUAAUAUAUUUUAUAAUAAAAAAAAAAAUAUUCCCAUCUGUUUAUGAAUAGUUCGGUUAAUUUUGUCAUGAAAUUUAUAAACAUUGGAAAGAAAAAUUUUUCAUAAAAGUUUUAAGUGAUUUCAUUUGUAAAUAGUAUAGUUUUUUUUAAUAUAGAAAAAAUGUUAACUGCAGCAGCGAAUACAAUGUCAAAUAAUGGAGGGUCUUACAGUAUUGAUAGACCUUCAAGUGCUGGAGAACCGGAAUUAGGCACUGAUCCUGCAUCUGGAGGUUUUUUCCAUUCCGAUUACAAAAAACACGAUGACUUGAAGCAAAUGCUUGAUAGUAACAAGGAUGGAUUAAAAUUGGAAGCAAUGAAACGAAUAAUUGGGAUGGUGGCAAAAGGAAGAGAUGCCUCCGAUCUAUUUCCAGCAGUUGUUAAAAAUGUCGUAUCAAAAAAUAUAGAAGUAAAAAAAUUGGUAUACGUCUAUUUAGUUCGUUAUGCCGAGGAUCAACAAGAUUUGGCAUUAUUGUCAAUAUCAACAUUUCAAAGAGCAUUAAAAGAUCCAAAUCAAUUGAUAAGAGCAAGUGCCCUUCGUGUUCUUUCAAGUAUAAGAGUUGCAAUGAUUGUUCCAAUAGUAAUGCUCGCCAUAAAAGAUUCGGCAAGCGAUAUGUCACCGUACGUUCGUAAAACUGCAGCGCACGCAAUUCCAAAAUUAUAUUCCUUGGAUCCUGAACAAAAGGAUGAAUUAAUUUGUGUUUUGGAGAAAUUAUUGUCCGAUAAAACAACACUUGUUGUUGGUUCAGCAGUAAUGGCAUUUGAAGAAGUUUGUCCCGAACGAAUUGAUUUAAUUCAUAAAAAUUAUCGAAAAUUGUGCAAUUUAUUAGUUGACGUUGAUGAAUGGGGACAAAUUGUCAUUGUUAAUAUGUUGACAAGAUAUGCUAGGACUCAAUUUAUAAAUCCAAAUUUAAACGAAAUUGAAGAUGAAGAGGAACGUUCUUUUUAUGAAUCCGACAGUGAUUCGUCAAGUGUAAAAAAGCCAAAAUUUACUUUAGAUAUUGAUCAUCGAUUAUUAUUGAGAAAUACGAAGCCUCUUUUGCAAAGUAGAAAUGCAUCUGUUGUUAUGUCCGUUGCUCAGUUAUAUCAUCAUGCAGCACCUCGAAGUGAAGUUAUUGUUGCUGCAAAAGCACUAAUAAGAUUACUUCGCAGUCAUCGUGAAGUUCAAAGUAUCGUUCUUCAUUGUAUCGCUAGUAUAUCGAUUACUCGCAAGGGAAUGUUUGAACCAUUUUUGAAAUCAUUUUUUGUUCGAACAUCUGAUCCAACGCACAUAAAAUUAUUGAAAUUGGAUAUUUUAACGAAUUUAGCUACCGAAAUGAGUAUAAGCGUUAUUUUGAGAGAAUUUCAAACCUAUAUUUCAAGUAGUGAUAAGGAAUUUGUUGGUGCGAGCAUUCAGGCAAUUGGGAGAUGUGCAAGCAAUAUUAAAGGAGUCACUGACACUUGUCUCAAUGGACUUGUUUCUUUGCUCAGUAACAGAGAUGAGGCUGUUGUAGCUGAAAGUGUUGUUGUGAUAAAGAAACUCCUACAAACCCAACCAAAUGAACAUAAAGAAAUAAUUGCUCAUAUGGCAAAAUUAAUGGAUUUUAUAACAGUUCCACAGGCGAGAGCAUCGAUUUUAUGGUUAUUGGGCGAAUAUUCUGAUCGUGUGCCAAAAAUUGCUCCCGAUGUUCUUAGAAAAAUGGCCAAAACAUUUAUCAACGAACAAGAUAUUGUUAAAUUACAAACAUUAAAUCUUGCUGUGAAAUUAUAUUUAAAUAAUCCAAAUCAAACAAAAUCAUUUUGUCAAUAUGUCUUUCAAUUGGCAAAAUAUGAUCAAAAUUAUGAUAUUAGAGAUAGAGCACGUUUUCUUCGUUUUUUCAUAUUCGAUGAGGAGGAUGAGGGUAAACCAAAACGUAAACUUCAAGAAUUGGCUCAAAAAAUAUUUUUAGCAACAAAACCAGCGCCAACGCUCACAUCAAGAUUUAAAGAAUCACAAUUUCAAUUGGGAACACUUUCACAUUAUUUAGAUAUGCCAUGCUCUGGUUAUCGUUCAUUGCCAUCGUUUCCUGAUGUGCCACCAGAUCCAUCAGUUCGCGAUGUUGCCGAACCACUGCCACAAGAUAUUUUACCAAUUGGCAAAAAGGAGAGAAAAGACAAAAAGAAGGAGGACUUUUAUUGUGAGAGUACACCGGAUGAAGAAUCCGAAGAAGAAGAGGAAGACGAAAGUUCAGAAUCAUCAGGCGAUACGUCGGAUGAUGAAAGUAAUUCAAAUGAAUAUUCCUCUAUUUCCGAUAAGUCCGAUGACGAGGCAAAUAAAAAGAAAAGUAAAAAACACGUUAAAGAAUCGAGUAGCGAAAGUGAAGAAAGUGAAGAUUCAGAGGACUAUUCCGACGAGGAGGAUGAAUCAAGUUCAGAAGAAAGUGAAAUUGAAGAAAAGACUGCGGUUAAAGAGAAAUCAGUAAAAAUUGAAAGUAAAGAAAAACCCAAGAGCAAUCUCGAUUUGCUAUUAGAUUUGGAUGAUGUGAUACCAAUGACACCAGUAAUGACACCAAGUUUAGGGGGAUUUUUAACACCAAUUAAUCCAAAUGAUUCAAAUGAAAUACGAGAAGUUUCUGCUUCAUACAUUCCAAUGAAGAAAAUUGAGAUAUUAAAUAAAAUCAAUGGUCACGGCUUAAAACUUGAUUAUCGAUUUACAAGAUCGCAACAUUUAGUCAGUUCAGUUAUGGCUAGUAUUGAAUUUACUUUUACAAAUGAUGGCAAAGAUCCAAUUAACAACAUACAUAUUGGAAAUAAGAAAUUAUCAUCGGGAAUGAUUGUCCAUGACUUUACACCAAUUACUGUGAUUCAACCAAAUUCCAAUUCGCUGACAACUGUUGGUAUUAAUUUCAAUGAUUCCACACAACCGGCUUCGUUUAAUAUUGAUUUUAUGAAAAACGACGAAAUUCUCUCGUGUCCAGUUAAUAUAAAAGCGCCAAUUGGAGAAAUUUUAAGAUCAGUUUUAUUGCCCGAAAGUGUAUUUAUUUCUGAAAAGGAAAAAUUAAAAGGAAUGAAUGAACAUUUGACGAAAGUUAAUUUCACAGGAAAUCGAAAAACACUUUCACAAAAAAUUUUUGAAGCGGCAAAUUUAGCUGUUGUUUCGAGUGAAGAUAAUAUCAUAAGGUACGCGGCUCACACUCUAACAUCAAAAUCACUUGUUUUGGUGACAAUAAAAAUUAUAAAUGACGAAUCAUUGGAAAUUUGUGUGAAUUGUGAAAAAAUGGUAAUUGGAUCGAUGCUAAUGAAUGAGCUUAAAAAUAAUUUGAGAUAAAAGAAAAAUAAUAAAAAAAAAAUUUAUAUGACUGCAACAUUAUUAUUAUUAUUAUUAUUAUUAUUAAUCAAAUUAUAAUAGAGUAUAUUUAUUAUAUAUAUUUGGAAAAACUAUUUUCCAUUCUUGUGAGAUUAAAUAAAUGAAGACAUUUUUA